AGCAGAGGGCAGCAGAAGAAGGGACCCACUUGUCCAGGAAGCGCGCGCUGGAGGGGCUGAGGUCAGGAACAGUCUCUGCUACCACCAUGGCUUGCACUGGUGCUCGUACCAUCGAUAUGCCUGCCCUCGAGCGUCCUUUCCAGCUGGGGAUGCUGUACGACUGCCGCAGCAACACUUUCAUUCCAGGUAUCACUUUAUGGGACAGCAAGACCCUGAAGAGAAACACGGAGACAAUGCCGAAGCACUCCACUACUAAUCAGAUCAUCACAUCUGACACCAUGGCAGACAAGGCCUCUGCCCUGAGUCUGUCAGGGUCCCUGAAGGCCAGUGUCCUGGCGGGGCUGGUGGAGCUAGGGGGGUCCGCUGCAUUUUUUAACGAUAUCAAGAAAUCAAAACAUCAUGCCCGAGUAACUCUCCAGUACUCAAUGACAGACAGGUUUGAGCACCUGACUAUGAGCCAGCUGGGGCCUGAGAGCAUCUCUUAUCCUGCUGUAUUUGGGGAUCACACAGCCACCCACGUGGUCACAGCUGUGCUGUACGGGGCCCAGGCUUUCUUUGUGUUUGAUCGGGAGGUUUCCUCAUCUGAGAACAUGUGGGAGAUAGAAGGGAAAAUGAAAUUGUUGGUGGAAAAGAUACCAAAGGUCCCAGGAGGGGAAGAGACAUCUGGGAGAUUUCAAAAGAAACAAGAAAGUAACGAAAAUUUGUAUUGCACAUUUUAUGGUGAUUUUUGUCUGAAAAAGAACCCACUUAGUUACCAGGAUGCCAUGCAGGUUUACGCCAAGCUCCCUGACCUGCUCAGAAGUGAUGAAAAACAGACUGUACCAGUGAGGGUCUGGCUGUGCCCACUGAGCAUGCUGGAUCCCAGAGCGGCUCAGCUGGUGCGCGAGAUCAGAUCAGUGCUGAUUACAGAUGCUGAGAGAGCCCUGGAGCACCUGGCUGAGUGCGAUGUGCGAUGCAGCGAUAUGGAGAGAGUCAAAGCAGCUACAACCUUUCCUGAAAUCCAGAGGAAGAUCCGGGAAUUUAGGAAUUUGUGCAAACAAUGCAGACAGAUGUUCCAGGAAGAGCUCGCAAGCAGCUUGCCUGCCAUCCAUGGAGGACAGGAGGAGGAAGGGGCCUUGGUAAAGAUUUUAACUAGCAUGGAGCAGUCACCAUUCAGCACCAACCAACUCAGUGAAUUCCUGGAGAAGAAACAGGAGGAGAUGAAUUUUAUCCAUUCCUACCUUGCUGUGCUGGAGGGAGUGCGUGUCGUUUCCUCCCAGAGUGAACUCCAGGCAGCCGUGCUCGGCCCCAGGCAUCGCUUUGUUGUGUCUCUUACUCUCACUUCCUUGCACACGGAGGAACCCUAUUUUUCAGCAUUAAACCUCUGGCUGCGGAGGCCAUUUAUGGAGAAAACUUCUGGUGUGGUAUCAGGCAGCUUGCCUGGUAAGAACCCCAAAAGCAAACAGUGGUUUGAGGAUAAAGAGAUCAGAAGAAAAGCACAGCAAGUGGUGAAGUCCUUCUCUGACUUUGUUCGUGUGAACAAAUCAAAUAGGGCUGUCCUGUUCCUUGUGGCGUCUGUCCCAGACAAGGACAACCCAGGAGCUUCCAUUUACCUGUAUGAGGAUGGGGAGCUGGUCAGCACCAACUUUGAGCCUCCAGCAAAGCCUCUUCCUCCCCUGAUUGCUGGAAUCAGCCAUGACCGUGUGCAGCUCACUUUGAAGCCAGCUCCCUUUGGAGAGUCUGUGAUCAUGGGAUAUAAGGUGGAGUACAGAGAUUUCGGGUUGGGGGGAUGGAUGACCAGGAACAUAAAUAGCAAACAAGAGACAUUCCCAGUAUCACAGCUGUAUGCAAACACUAGGUACCAGUUCCGAUACACUGCAGUGACCAAACCAGGGCUCAGUGCGAGCAGUGAGGAGAGUGACGUUGUCAAGACGCUCCCAACCAGCCCCCCUGGGACACCUGCAGCAGCUACUGUCGAAUCAACUGCCAUCACACUGAGCUGGGAGGCACCCGCUGUCAUUGGACAGAGAGUCAGUGUUAAGGAGUACAGGGUGCAAUAUAGAGAGGAAGUUGGAGGUGAAAACCCUGCGGAGAAAGACAAAUGGUUGGAGCAGCGAACAGGACAGAAAGUCGAGCUCUGUAAGACCGAUGGGCUGAAGCCACAGAUGCUGUACAGGGUCCGAGUCUCAGCCGUGUGCGAGGACGGGGCUCUGAGCGCCCCCAGCGAGGACUUGUGCAUUUCUACAUUACCGGUUUGGGCAAACCUCCCUGUUACCUCCAUGGCCGAUGUUGAGAGAGAAGCCGUUGAGAUGCCGACUCUGGGGCGUCCGUUCCAGCUGGGGAUGUUGUACGACUGCCGCACUGACGCCCCCCUGCCAGAUGUCACAUUACUGGACACCGAGGUCCUUCACAAGGACGUGGAUAUUGGGGAGCAGUGUGAGACAGAAUGGCAGGUCCUUGUGUCUGACACCAUUGAAGACAAAGCCUCCAUGCUCCGCAUGGGCCCGGCAUUGCAGACCAGCUUCCUGUGCGGUUUGGUUGAGGUGAAAGGAUCUGCCGCAUAUCUAAAUGACACCACGAGGUCCCAGCGCCAGGCCCGAGUCACUCUCCGACACCAGACAAGCACAAGGCUGGAGCGACUGACUAUGAGCCAUUUAGGGCUCCAGCAGGUCCCUUACCCGGCUGUACCGGACCAAGGCAAAGCGACUCACGUGGUCACUGCUGUGCUGUACGGGGCCCAGGCUUUCUUUGUGUUUGAUCAGGAAGUGGGUUCACGUGAGGUCGUACCAGAGACACAGGGCAACAUGAAGCGGCUGAUAGAAAAACUCCGUCAGAUUUCAGCAGGACAAGAUGGAGAAGUCGAAGUGGAUGACAGUGAGAAAGAAGAGGCUCAGCAUAUCCGUUGCACUUACUACGGUGACUUUGCUCUCAAGGACAAUCCAGCGACUUACCAAGAUGCCACGAGAGUGUGUGCCACCCUCCCAAAGCUGGUGGGGGACGGUGGGGAGAAGGCCGUCCCGCUGAGAGUCUGGCUGUACCCGCUGAGCAGGGCCGAUGCUCGAGGCGCUGCGGUGGUCCGUGAGAUCAGUGCAAGGCUCAUGGCUAAGGCCCAGGCUGUCCUGGAGCAGCUGAACGACUGCGACAGGCGGUGCAGGGACAUGAUGAGGGACAGCACGGCCCUGCGCUUCCCUGCAAUCCAGGGGAAACUGCAGCAGUGCCAGGCGCUGUGCACUCGGUACAGACAGGCCUUCCAGAAACAGCUGGCCGCGAUCGUCCCUGCCAUCCGUGCAGGAGGAGCAGAGGAAGGGUGUCUGGAGGAGGCUUUAAUGAGCAUUGAACAAUCACCAUUCAGUCCUCAGCACCUCCGGGAGUUUCUGGAUCUAAGAAUGAGAGAGAUGAAACUUGUGAACAUGUACCUCCCUUUGCUAGACGGGGUGGAGCUGAUUUCUUCAGAGGAGGAUCUAAGGGACAUAGUAUUCAACCCCAUGAUUACAUAUGUUGUCUCCUUUACUUUUACUUCUUUACAUCGAGAGGAGCCAUUUCUAUCAGGUUUAGUUGCCUGGCUUCACACUGCAGAUGAGAGGAAAACCUGGGAUCCAGCCUCAGCCUCUCCUGCCUGUGAGGAAUCAAACUGCCGGCUGUGGUUUGAGCACGACGUUGCACAGCGCAGAGCACGGGUCUCUGCACGUUUCUUCUCAGACUUCGUACGUGUUAAUAAAUGUAGCGGGAAGACUCGGUUCCUUGUGACCUCAGUCUCAGACGAGGACAACCCAGGAGCUUCCAUUUACCUGUAUGAGGAUGGGGAGCUGGUCUGCACCAACUUUGAGCCUCCCUCAAAACCUCUUCCUCCCCUGAUUGCUGGGAUCAGCCACGACUGUGUGCAGCUCACGUUGAAGCCAGCAACCCGGGGAGAGGCUGCAGUAACCGGCUAUCGGGUGGAGUACAGAAGAGUGGGGCAGGAGGACUGGACAGCUGUGAGUGUGUAUAGCAAACAAGAGACAUUCCCAGUAUCACAGCUGUGUGCAAACACUGAGUACCAGUUCCAGUAUGCUGCCAUCAGCAAACCAGGGCUCAGCGUGAGCAGUGUUGUGAGUGAUGCUGUCAGGAUGCUCCCAACCAGCCCACCUGGGAGGCCUGUAGCAGUUUAUGUGGGCUCAUCUGCCAUUUCCCUGAGCUGGGAGGCACCAGCAGUCCUUGGAGAGGGAGUCAGUAUAAAGGAGUACAGGGUGGAGUAUAGGGAGGAAGCUGGAGGAGAAAGUCCUGAGCAGAAAGACAAAUGGCUGGAGCGAAGGACGGGAAGGAAAGCAGAGCUCUGUGACAUCGAUGGGCUGAGCCCAGGGACGCCCUACAGACUCCGAGUGUCGGCUGUGUGUGCAGGUGGGACCAUGAGCAACGUCAGUGAAGAGCUCACCAUCUCCACUGCAAAGGCAGGAGCAAUAACUUCAUCUACAUAGGGUCAUGGGAAAGUGUUGCUGGGGGGGGACCUCGUGCACAGUUCUGUGGUGAUGGGUGUGAUAGCUGAAAUUAUGUCUGUGAGAUAAAGGUGCUUGCUUCAGGCUCUAUGAAGAUUAGACCAAGUGUUUUUCUGUAUUUGUUUAGAUAUUAAGCUAUAUGUUGUCGCUAAAAGCCUAAUUAAAGUUUAAGAUGUAGUGAGGCCUUGUAUAAAGUAAGGCCCAGUAAAUUUAGCAAAGCCUUGAAGUAGUAAGGCUCUGUGGCGUAGUUAAAAUUACCUUAUCAAAGGAAUGCAAUGCUUGUACUGCUGUUGGUCCAAGGACAGUUGAAGUAAAAGGAAUCUGAGUGGUUGUUCGUUAUCAGAACCAUUCAGAAGCUAUAAAUUAGCUGGAAUAACUGGAAACCAUUGAGAAGGAAGAUAAAGCUCCGUGAAAAGGAUUAGUUAGCUGUUGCCUGAAUCAGUGGGCCUGUGGACCUCGAGAAGCCCAAGGACUGAAUACCAGGGUCCUUCCCAGUACCCCUCAGACAGCGCUGUUUGAGGAUGCCUGACUUUGCUGAACUUUGUGGAAAGAGAAGCCUGCUGUGUAUCAGGCAUCAGAGGGGACUGCCGAUAAGUUGCCGACGUGAAUUGUUUUUGACUGUCAUUGUUUGUCUUGUUACUAUGUGUAGUUGUGUUUUUGUUAGGUCAAUAAACCUUUCUUCCCUUUCUGCCCCCAA